AUGAAUGGCUUCGCAUCGCACGGCCUCGACGAGGAUGCAUUCGGGGAGAAGUCUGGGCUGCAGGGCGGCCUGAAGACAUUUGACGCUUUUCCCAAGACAAAACCCUCAUACACUGCUCCAUCCCGCCGCGGAGGACAAUGGACCGUCCUCAUUCUCGUCAUUUGCACAGUCUUCACCUUCUCAGAAUUCCGCACCUGGCUCAACGGCUCCGAGAACCACCACUUCAGCGUCGAAAAGGGUGUCGGCCAUGACCUACAACUGAACCUUGACCUCGUUGUCCGCAUGCCCUGCGACACCCUCGACGUCAACAUCCAAGAUGCCUCUGGCGACCGCAUCCUCGCCGGCGACCUGCUCCAACGCGAGCGCACCAGCUGGAAGCUCUGGAUGGACAAGCGCAACCGCGAAACCUCCGGCGGCGUCCAUGAAUACCAAACCCUCAGCCAGGAAGACUCGGACCGGAUUUCCGCCCGCGAAGCCGAUGCACACGUCCACCACGUCCUCGGUGAAGUGAGGAAGAACCCGCGCCGGAAGUUCGCCAAGGGACCCAGGCUGAGGCGCGGCGAUACCGUCGACUCAUGUCGCAUCUACGGCAGCCUGGAGGGCAACAAGGUCCAGGGUGACUUCCACAUUACGGCUCGCGGGCAUGGCUACAGGAACUUUGGAGAACAUCUGGAUCAUGGAGUCUUCAACUUCUCCCACAUGGUCACCGAACUCUCCUUCGGCCCUCACUACCCUACUCUCCUCAACCCGCUCGAUAAAACCAUCGCCACCACCGAAACCCACUACUACAAGUACCAAUACUUCCUCUCCGUCGUCCCUACCCUCUACUCCAAGGGCGCCAGCGCCCUCGACACCUACACCAACCACCCCGAUCUCAUCGCCACCAACAGGAACAGGAACCUCGUCUUCACCAACCAAUACGCUGCCACCACCCAAGCCCAGGAGCUGCCCGAGAAUCCCUACUUCAUCCCCGGCAUCUUCUUCAAGUACAACAUCGAGCCGAUCCUGUUGAUGAUCAGCGAAGAGCGGACGAGCUUCCUCUCGCUGCUGAUCAGACUCGUCAACACCGUGUCGGGAGUCAUGGUCACGGGCGGUUGGAUCUAUCAGAUCUCCGGGUGGGUUGGAGAACUGGUGAACCGGAAACGGGGUAGAGGAAAGUCAGAGGGUGUGCUUACGGGGAAGCACUAUGCGGAGGAUUAG